AUGGUCAGCCACUUCAACCUGAAGUAUGAGAAAAAUUAUUCAUUCCGUCCUAACUUGAUCCGUUACUUCAUGCCUAUGACCGAUGCCGAGUUCCAAGAACGCCUGGAUCGGCACAAGGGGGAGAUCGCAGUCAUGAUGAGAUCGUCAGAGUUCAAUCAGGACAAAACUGCCUUGAUUGUGACUAACAACCAUCUUCCUAUGCUCGUUUCUGGUCAACAUCUCAUAACUCCUUUCCAUUUUUUCUCCAAAGACCUUUUAGGAGAGACAAUAAGUGUUCUGAAGCCGCACAGCUUACCCCCACUGAGUGUGCCACAGACACAGCUCAUGGUGCCAGACCUGAGAAAGCCAGGGAAGCGUAUGCCAUUCAGGUUUGCAACCCCAAAAGAUUUCAAGGGUGAAGCAAAGUUUUCGAAAGUUUAUGCAGAGAGGCGGCUCCUGCAGAUGUAUCCCCAGUUGCGCACUCGCUGGUUUCCAGGAGUAGAGUCGAGGAAAACGGGACCCUUUCCCAGUAUUGAAGGCUGGCCUCCUCGAAUGGCAGACCAGUGGGAACCGUUGACCCUGACAUGCCUGGAGAAAGUUAAGCCCACUCUUGUCGCCCCAGGAGACGAUGGCUUCAGAUAUGGGAAAGCCCCGCUGUGGGUCAUCAACAGGUCCGUUGUUCCCAAACUUGCCAAAUAA